UUAAUUAAGAAUUCGACCUAAAAAUGGUGUCCAACGGGGAUGAUCAUCUCAGACAGAACAAGCUUAUGAGGGGACAGAAAAUGGCUUCUCAUAGGAGUUUGUAUUAUUUUCAGUUUUGAGCUUUGCGUAGAUGCAGUUUGCUCGCAUAAUCUUUGAUUCACAAUUGUUAUAAAAGUUUGUGGUGUGGUGUGUGAUUAUUAUGAUUUAAACUUAUGAAAUAAGAGAGAAGAGUCUCAUCAUACCUUACUAUUGGCACACAUGUGUUUAUCUCGAUAGGUUUGCAGGUACUUCGUAGGGAUUUCAAAAUAUGUUCGCAUGUUACUCUCUUUCGGCAAUAUCUAUAUGGGUCACUUGACCAAACAUUUUCUCUUUUUGUUUGAAGGAAUUUGAGAAAAGUCAGUGAAGCCUAAGCUGAAGUUAAUUGAUGAAGCGUUGCAAAAUACACAUGCAAAAUACUAGGAGGAGAAGCGCUGACAUAAGUGUUUUGCAGAAAAAGAGAGUGGAGAGAACUAGAGAGAGUUCACCUCAUGACGUCUCUUACAAAUGCUGCGAGGUCCACAAAAGGACUUCAGAAUAGAAAAAAUUGUCAAGAGUUAGUAACUUUCUUGGUAGGUUUUUACCAUUGCCCUUUCAGUACAUCAAUUUUUUUUUAAAAAAUAUUACAAUUUAAAACUUUUACAUCAUAAGAGGGGUUUAGGGAACACCAACCUUCUCUGUUAAUGGGUUCGAAUUUGUAGACACAUCAGCUUUUAGGAGGUUUUACAUUAUAAAACUUAUUUUUAGAUAAUAAAUAAUUUAGUAUGUAUAUAUUUUCCUAAUACUGAAAACAUAUAUUAUACCUAUUAAAAAGAGUUAAUGCAAAUUCUGAGAAAAUAUAUUGGUAAAUUGUAAGUAUUAUUUUAUGAUAUUUUUGAGUAUUCAUUUUCUAUUUUCCAAGGACCAACUAUAUUUGUUGUGGAUGUUCAUCAUGUUUGUUCAGUACUUCACCACCAUUAAUUAUCUGGUUUUAAUUUGAGAGAUAUAUAAUUACUACAAAAUAAAAUAAACUACUCUAUUUAAUCAAGUAAUACUUUUCUUGGUAAUUUUGUUUUCUUGGAUUAGACAUCCAUUUCUUAAUUACACAUGACACAUCAGUGUAAAUUUUAAAAUUUAUAAUAAAAUUCACAUGUUUUUUACAUUUGAACUAUAUUUAUUAGCAAUACAUCAAUGCUUCUUAAAUUGUCUUUGUAGCUACCAAUACUAUUUGUGUUUUCUAUUUUUUAUUAGUUUAGCCUAGAUUUUGGUGGUAAAAAAAGAAAAACAAUUACGGAAUUCUUUUUUUCAAAUUUUUAUUGAUGUGAGUUUGAAGAAACUUAAAAAAAAAAUUAACAUAUUUUUAAUCAAAUAUAAUAAUUCAUAAAUUAUAACCUAACAUGUUAUUUAUAAAUAUUAAACAGAAACAAUUAAUAUCUUAUUUUAAGCUACUUGCUUAUUUUUAUAAAGAAAAUAUAAUAAAUUGGAUUUUCUUCUAAUUGUUUAAAUUAUAAAAUUUAAGAAGAAUUAUAUUAAAAAUCUAUUAAAUUUUUAAAAAAUAAAUAUUUUGAACACAGUGAAAUAAAUAUAUUUAUUUUCAUUUAGUAAUAAAUAUAUAAUUUCUAAAAUAAAAAAAUCAAAUAUAUAGUAAAAAUAGUGAAAAUUAUAAUUAAAAAUAAACCAAAAAUUUCAUGUAAAUUUUAAAUAUAUUUUUUCAUUUGCUUACCCGCCCGUAGGGCGGAUCCGACCCUAGUCACAAUACUAAAAGGAACAUAUUCUGUAUCCUGAGAAUGCCACGUCACCAAAAAUAAUUAGUCAACCAUGAAGCUUUAAAUCGCCAGGUCAUAUUCGCAUAUGUCUAAGUGAAGCUCGAAACUGGCCCAAUUCAAGCCCAGUCUGGCCUAAUCCCUAAUUUCUUCUGAAGCGUAGAGAGUUCAUCUUUCGACUCUUCCACUUCGUAUUCACCUGAUUGCUCUGUAACUCUGUUACUGCUUGCUCCUUUCUUCUUUAUGAUUCGUUCUGCCUCCCUCUAUUUCUUCUUAUAUAUAAAUUGAUACCAUAUCUUUGUGGAGGAUUACUUCAAAACAACACCCGGCUCUUCCACUUCGUCCUCACCUGAAUACUUUGAAAUCUCUUCCAUGGAGAUGAUGGUAUUGUAUCGUUAUUUGUAUAUUCAAGUUUUAAAUAUGACAAAUGUUUGCAGGUUGUUCCCCGAAUCUCCUUAUAGAUUUUGACCAAUGUUCGACUUUGUUUUUGAUUCCUCUGUUGUAGUGAUUGAUUUAAGAGUUUUGGGUUGGCAAUGAAGAGCUUUCUCAUAUGUACGCGAAGAGACUUCGUGACAUUGAUUACCUCAGUUGCAAGUUUGGCCGUACCAACAAUCUUAGUGAUGUUAAGAAUUUCUUUCAAUUUUUGUGAAGCUUAUAGGUUUCAUAUUCUUGCUCGCUUCAUUAUUUAAUCAAAAGAUGGACCAAUGUGUGUUUCUUCUCUUCAUAUGUUUGAUAUUUAGGUUUGCUUACGGCUCUUCCUAAGGAUUACUUUAGAGUUGUGAACUUGAGAGGUGUGAUUUUCAACAAUUGUAGUAUUUAAAAUCAACGGCGACAGAACCCUCCAUCAUUACCUCCUGGGUUGGGAAGGGCGAAGAUCAUCUCCAAGCUCAUCCUUUUAUGGAAACCUCUCCGGAUUGAUAUAGAGAUGUUAUUCAUCGACAAUAUUUAAGGAUUCUAUUUACUAUUCCUAUAUUCUCUCCAUUUAAGAAUCAAAAACCCUGACUAAUUGCAUUCACAUAGGGCACUCUGAUUACAAGGCUUCAUCUCCCCUUAUCGUUUAGCAAAAUACGAAGUUGUACUGUUAUUGACAGCCAAAUAUGAAAAGUUGUAUUUUGGGAGUGAUAAGUGAGAGUUUCCUGUGAGAUAGUGUUUAUACCAUCUGUUAAAACCCAAACAAAUAAAUCUAAGCAAUGAAAAGCUAUGGUCAUCUGUGUAUACUCUUUUUAUCUUAACUAUUCCCAGCAGUGUUAUAUUUUUCUUAAACUUUCUCUUGAAUUCUAACUUGGUAUCUUGUAAUGCACAGUGACUAUAAGUUUGUCAAUAGAACUACUGAAGUCGAACCAACUCCAGAAGAUAUAGAAAUGGACUAAGGAGAAGAAGAAACUGCAGAGAGUAACUUCAGACAAAGGAGUUCCAAUAUUCUAGCUAACGGCCUUGAAGAACAAUGAUAUUACUUCUUUGAAGGUCAAAGAUAUUAAAUGGUCCUAGACUGAAGAAGCCUAAAGGAUUCAAGCUUGAGAUUUUUGUAGCUCUAAUGCCUAUUUUAAUAUUCAUCUAAUGUUGACCACGAGCUUGCACCACUGCGACAAAAGGAAAUCAUAAGCUGCAUCUGGUAUAGGGUCGUAUUGGUUUCCUUCAUCAUUUGUUUUUGGGAACUGCAGCAGAAAAUCGUUCCGAACCGAAGCUGAUCUCGCAAAAAGAUUCUUCAGGUUGCAGAGUUUUAGGGCCCAUCAGUGUUUAAAAAAACAAGACACAACAAGUUUAGCGAGUUCAAUGCUGGAGGACCAACCACCAUUUCAAGUUGACCGACUCCACCGUCGCCAUCCGCUUCACCUAGAUGACUAACUUUGUUUGAAAUAACUGUUAGUGUUCAUCUCAUGCCAAUACGGAUGUUCUGGUUCCGCAGUCACCAACAACUAAGGCAUUAGCAAAUACAAACCCAAAACUUGUAGGAGCUCUCUUAUUUUUAAAUGUUACACGGAACCGACUUCAACUUUGACAAAGAUACCAUAACAAGCCAGCAAUUGUACGAUGAGUAAGUCUUUUCUGAAUCGAUUGUGUCAGAAUAACUUACGCAUAAGAAGGAUGCUUGCACGUUCAAAACAUCAACCACUGCAAGCUUAUGUGGCCUUGACGGCAACGCCCCCUCAAGUGGUUCUAAGUACGGAGAUGUUCAGACAAUCGAGAGCGUGAUUGUGGCGGAGCUUAAAGCAAUGGAACAACACAUGUUAUUGGUGCAGCAUUAAUAUGCCAAACUCUUUCAAUCUCCACUACUGUAACAAAAAAAUCCAAGGAAACAAUAAUGGCUCAUAUGUAUUUCUAGCUUAAAGCAACAAAAUAAAAUUGUGGUCUUAAUUAUUUUGAAAUUCCACAUUAUUAUAGUUCUACUAAAAUUAUACUAUUAUUAUUGUUAUAAUUUUGUUUAAAAGAACUUAAACAUAAAAUUUUAAAAUAUGGUAAAAAUAAUUUAUGUCAUGCUUUUUUUUGGUUAACCAAAUGAAUAAGAUUAUAAAAAGUCACUAUCAAUAUUCUGUAAUAAACAAUUAGAAUCUUAUUAAAAAGAUAAAAAUUAAUAGUAGUAUUAAAUAAAGAUAAACGGUUGAUUUUAAGAUAUUUUUUUUAAAAAAGAGACAAAAAGAUUUCAUAAUACAAUUACGCUAGAACCACAUUGGAACUGUAGAUAGUUAGAUGUGGCCUAAGCCCAAUACUUUAACUGCUUUAAGGAAGGAUCCAAUAUGUAUGGAAUCAUAACAUUAACCUCUUGGCGGACCAUCUAUUUGCAUCACUUACAAACUAUUACGGCUUAAUUAUCAAAUACCUUUCUACAUAUAAAACCCAUCCAACAAAAUUUUAUAUUUUAUGCUCCAACCAUUAGCCAUUCAAUUUGUGUAUUUAAACAAUAUAAACAUUGUGCGGCUGCUUUAUAAAUUCAUUUAAAAAAGAAAUAUAUGAACCCGGCGCGUAGCGCCGGAAUACUACUAGUAAAAGCUAAAGUUGCAAAUUCAAAGUUCUUUACAUAUGAAAUCUUGUUUUUUUUUUUUGACGAAACAUAUGAAAUCUUGUUGCAAGUUGUAACUAUAUAAUUAAUCUUAAACUAUAAAAAUUUUGAAAAAACAACAUUUUCAAAUUAUCUACAUUUCUUAAAUGAACCUUUAUAUUUUAUUUACAUGUAAGAUGGUCAUAGUCUCGUAGGAUAGAAGCAACAAAAAUUUCAAGAAAAUAAGGAAAAGUUGUGUGUUUUCAAGGUAAGAAGAAACAAAUAAAAACAGUAAAAAACUGCGAUAUUGCUCGCAGCCUCGCAGGUAAACAUGUGAUGGUCGGUUAAAAGGCGUUCAUACUGUUCAAACAAAUAUCGGAGCGUUAUGUCGGUGGCAAUUAUUUUGAUAAACCUCAAAUUUAUCAUACUUCUGAAUUCAUAUUUCAUUUUAGGAGAAAAGGUUAAAUUUUUAGCGAUAUUAUAUGCGACAUAGGAGACAUGUAUGUGCAAAUAUAGUAAUGUUAUAAAAAAAAUAUUGAUCUAUAUUACUAAAAGAUUUUUUUUUUAAUUACUGAUAUAAAUUGUUGACAUUUCUUAAAAAUGGGCUCAUCAUAUUAUUAUAUAUUUCAUAUUUAAAAACUAAUAUUCAUAUAAAUUUGUAAGACUGUAUCUAAUAUAAUGUUACUAUAUCUUUCAAAAAAUAUAAUUAUCAAAAUUUUAAAACCCACUAAGUUUUAUAAACGUCUCGAUAAUUAAAUAAUUUUAUUUAUUAUUUAUAUAUAUUAGUAUCAGUUUCAGCUUUAUACACAAUGUAAAAUUUAUGAUAUAAAUUUACACAAUCUUUAAAAUUAAAAUAAAUAGUAAAAAUAAUUAGAUAAUUUUUUUUGUAAAUUAUAAAAGUAAAUUAAAGUACAUGUAGACACAAAAUAACACAAAAAAUAGAUUUUACAAUAUAUUUUAAUUUAUAAAAAAUAUUAUAAAAUCCAAAUGGUAAUCUUAAAUGCACUUUACGGCUGACAAAAAGCACUUUACGAAUUUCACUAACUUACUCUUACUCUUGUAUAUACUUUUAAAAAUAUAAUAUGUCACACCAUAAGUAACAUAUCCAUUUUGGAUUUAGGCAUAUUUAUACCCCUGGAUUUAUACCAAAACCUUAUAUGAUUUCAAGUAGAGAAAUGCAAUACUUAUAGUAUUUUUACUUUAUAUUAUAAUAAUACAAGAUAAAAGAAUUAUUCCCGAGAUUAAAAUUACCACUUUAGAGAUACUUUAAUAAAUUUUAACAUUUUAAAUUAAAUUAAAAUUAUUCUACUUUAUUUUGGAAAUAUAUGUAUAUGCUGACAUAUAUCAUUUAAAAUGGCCACAUUUUAAUUUUCAAUUUUAAAUAAAAAUCACAAAUUCGUACUUUAUAUAAAAAAUUAUAAUAUAUAAACAAAAUAUUUAACAAAUAUUACACCUACUCAUAAUAUUUUAACAUAUGAAAUAGUUAUUUUCUAGAUCAAUAUGACAUAAAUCUCUUAAUAUAUGUGCUUUUAAAACUAUAAUUUUUAAAAUAAAUUCUAGUUAGUUUAACUAAUAUUCAAAUAUUUAAAAUAUAGUCAAUUUUCUUAAAUUGAUAUAUAAUUGAUAAGUAAACAUUUUUACGAGUACAAUUUUCACUGGCUAUUCUAUCUAAUAUACAAAUAUUUACAAAACUAGUUGAACAUAUAUAAUUGUCAUUUAUAUUAUAAACUAACAAACAGUUAAUAGUUUUGCUAACUAAAAUAUAAUCUCACACUUUGAAAGUAUGGAUAAAAUUUGGUAUACUAUUACAAACAGCUAUAAAUCAUAUAACGUGGAAUUGGAAUCAAAACAAUACUAAAAGCUCGAUACGCAGCCUCGCGAGCGUGUCCACGUAAGAAAAAAAAUCAGCCAAUGAGAUUAAAUUAUUUGGCCAUGUAAUCAGAAUUAUUUGGGCUCUGAAUUUGUCACAUAAUAUUUGCAAUAAAAAAUAACCCAUUGAGGCCCAAUAUCAAACCCUAGAUCAUUACACGAGUCCUUCUUACUUUUCAUCUUCCUUCUUCCUCUAGAUUUUCAUCGAUUGAACGACGUUUGGCUCACCAUCUCCACUGCAACCAAACUGUAGAGUAAUCAAUUGUCCGUUUUGGUUUGAUUGAUGGCUUCCUCUCCAUUUAUUUAUAAAUCUCUUCUUUCAUGUUUUUUUUCAAUCAAAACUCUCUCAAUUUGUUCUCGCGAUGAAGUCGAACGGGAAAGCCAUAGUCUCCGACGAUCCUAUUGUGAAGAAACCAAACGGCAAGGAUGUUGUCUCCUCCACCGUUCUGGAUCAACCAACCGGUAAAAAGGCCGUCUCCUCCGCCAAGGUCCAUAAGGUUAUGCCCGCUGUCUCCUCCGCUGUACCGAUCCAACCAAGCGGAUCAACCGCCGUCUCCUCCGUCAAGGUUGAUAAGGUUCGCUCCUCCGCCAAGGUUGAUAAGGUGUUGUUUUUUAGAGACGUCUCAUUUGGCAUACAAGAAGGGGAGUUAAGGUUUCGGCUCAUCCAUUUCUGGGAGGCUCGAAAUGUGCUUACAAAAACACUUAUUGGUCUAGAGAUGCUCCUCAUUGAUGAACAGAGAACUGUUAUCCAAGGUUUCAUCCCAUCAGCAAGGAUUGAUACCUACUUGCCACACAUGAAAGCAGGAUCUGUCUACAGACUGAAUAAGUGUUUCGGAUCAAACAGCAAAGUCAUGUACCGGGUUGCUGAGCCUAGGGUAGUCAUCAGUUUCACUUCGAACUCUGUUCUCUCUGAUCUUGAGGACAGUCGGGUUAAUUUCCCUGAUGAUCGGUUCCGUUUCCAUAGUUACGAAGAGUUUGAGGCAGCAUGUGACCUCAAAGGUGAUCUUUACGAUUAUGUUGGGCACUUGAAACUGGUGAAUGGGCAGACACUGAAUGACAGUGUGGUGCUUGACGAAGAGGAAAUAGCUUCGACCCGGCGGGUUUUGCUCCAUGUUCAAACUCAUGAUGGACCAGUGAUGAAGCUCUACCUAUGGGACCAGGCUGCAGCAGACUUUUGUGCCAAAUUCAAGUCACAUGGAAGCACUCCAAGGGUUAUUUUAGUAACCACUGUCAACCCAAAACGUUUUGGAGGUGCUCUUGCUCUUGCUUCAAUGUCAUCCUCUCGGGUGUUUUUGGACUUUGAUGUUCAACCAACCCGUGAUUAUGUCACUUGGUUGGACUCAAAUUUAGAUGUGGCUAAUAGGGUUGAUGCAAAUGUGGUCACAAAGACUGAAACAAUGACGAUAGGGGAGCUAUUCUCCUAUAUCAAGCAGGAAGCAGCAAAGGUUACUUGGUUUGAGUGCACAGCAACUGUUGAUGCUGUUUUCCACGGUUCUCCUUGGUAUUAUAUUGGCUGCGGUGUGUGCCAUACUAAGGCAAUCAAAGGGCCUACAUCACUCAUGUGCAAGAAAUGUGGAAAACAUGAAGUAGAUGGUGUUCCACAGUACCUCACAAAGCUGUCUGUUUAUGACAACAAUGACCAUGCGGUUUUUGUUAUCCUUGGUGAAGCUGGGCGUGAGCUGACUGGGAAACAAGCAUCUGAGUUGGUUGAGAGCUACUUUGAGGCCAAUGAGAGCAUGGGCGAUGAUCACUUAAUCCCGGUGCCACAGACCUUGGUUGAUACCAUCGGACGGACAUACAGGUUCAUUGUCAAGGUAUCAGAUCGCAAUAUUAAAGGCGAGAUACACACUCUGACUGUCACAAAAGUACUCCCUCUUGAUGUUCCUGAACCUGUAAAAGCUUUGGUAGAAACUGUCUCUGAGGAACCUGUGGAUGGGAGGGUGAAGAGAGGUUCUGAAAUGGUUGAAUCAGGUGAAGCCAAACGUGCUAAGUCUGGCAAUUAGAUCUCCAGUUAUACUCUCACAUGUUGGGAGAAUAUGUUGCGGAUUAAGUACUGGUUUUCAUUUUAUUUAAAGACUAUUUUGUGUUUUAUUUUCAUACUUUGGCUUUCAACAUUUGAGCUAUCUUGGCUCUGGACUAUUUUGAUUUUAUUUACCUUUUGCUUAUUUUUGAACUUAUGUUUAUCACUGAUCAUUACUAAAUGAUAUUGACUUUCGUCCAUGUUUUAUUUAUUUACAUGCAAAUUAA